CGAUACCUGGGAAACAGCUGUUCGGCUCUCUGGCUUUCACCAGAACGCGUGUUUUCCGACGAUCUUAAGGAUAGGAGAGACAGAGGAAGCGACAAUGGAACCCACGGAACAGACCCAGACACCGCUCCAGCCGGCAGUCCUCAGCCUGAACAACUGUCCCGGGACCACGCCCGGCACACCGCAGAGCAAGAACCAGCUGAAGAAGCAGCGAAAACUGGCCGAGUUUGCGGAGCUGAAGAAGUUGCGUCGGGAGCGGGAGCGGCAACGCAAGAAACAGAAGCGGAGGGAGGCGAAGGAACAGGGAUUGCCUGUGCGAGUAGGACCCUCGCGCAAGGAGCUGAAGCGCCGUCAGGUGACCAUCGCGGAGAACGGGGUGGCCACCUUCAGUGUGGCUAUCGAUCUGGACUACGACGACCUAAUGCAGGAGCGUGACAUAGCCAAGUGCGUGAAGCAGUGCCUCCGAAUCUACACCAUUAACCGGCGGAGUGCACAGCCGGGACGACUCCACUUCACGGGAAUCAAGCGGAACGGCCACAUCCAUGAGUGCUUCAAGAAGAACGAUGGCUGGGAGAACUGGAACGUGGAAUACCACUUCGAUCGCACCCAUGCCGACUUGUUCGAAAAGCCGAAGCUCGUUUACCUCACCUGUGAGUCCGACACACUGCUGGAUAAGGUGCAGCCCGACUGUACCUAUGUCAUUGGCGGCCUUGUCGAUCACAAUCACUUCAAGGGCCUCUGCCACUCCCGGGCCACUGAGGCGGGCUUGACCACAGCCCGCCUGCCGCUCAGCGAACAUGUGGACAUGAAGACGCGCUCCGUACUCAGCACCUACCAUGUGUUCGAGCUGCUCAACAAGGUGGCUGCUGGUCAGGACUGGACAUCGGCCAUUCUCGAAACGAUUCCAAUGCGUAAGGGCGCCAAGGCCAAGGCGACGACCAAUGGCCAGGAGCUGGAUGCCAAUUCCGAAUCCGAGACCGAAUCCCAGGUUGAACCGAAGACCGACAGCUGACCCCGAUUCCAGCGUUUUGAGGUCUUUUUUGAUUUUUAUUUUAGUUUCUCUUGUUUUUAUAAAAUCACAUUUAGUUUUGUUUCGCAAAUUAAAUUACAACUUAAAAUACAUGGUGCAAAUAAUAGCAAUAAUAAAACAUAUUUUUACAUUUACAACGUGCAAUGACGAUGACGCCCCAGCGACCGACAAAGAUCGCUCGCUGCCAGUUUAACACUCUUCCAUUUGCGAUAUUUCCAUACCCUUGCAGUUGGGAUUAAAUUAAAUUUUAUUAGCUUUUUUCAUGCAGAAACUACAGACCGAAAAUAAAACUCAAGCAUAACGAUUAAACGUACGAGUUUUUUGCUUUGUUUUUGGCAAAAAAUAAAACUCAAAUUACUGGAUUUUGAGUAAAGAUUGAUAAGUCAGUCAAGACGAACCCAUUAAACCUGUUUUAAAUGAAAAGCAAUAGAUAAACUGGUUGCAAAAGCUGAUUGAAGACUGCGUUUAGCAUGCUUUCUAUGGUUAUAAUUCAUUUCAAAACUCAAAUCUAGCAGAGACUGCAAUUGAUUCUGACUAAAAACCAAAAGAUUUAAUAUCUAUUCAUAUGUAAUUUCUUGGCAAUUUAAAUUUAAAAUAGCUGCUUUAAUUAGACCACUACAAAAAUGAAGUAACAUU